CGCAGCCUCACGCAGCCUCACGCAGCCUCACGCAGCCUCACGCACACACCGCGCUUUGUUGGAUUUACUGGACACCUGCAUGGGACGCAGUCAGGCUUCUCCCUUCACCUCUUCGCUCUACUGGGAACCAACUGGGAUCUGGAAUGGAGCUGAAUUUGUCCAAGAACGUGAUUUCAUGCGGAGACUCAGGUGGCAUGAAUUUGGACCGAAUCUCGGAGGCCGUGAGAGCCGCGCCGCCCCGUGACGUGGCCGCCGCGUUUCAUUUACAGAGACCAGCGGAGGCCGGCAGGGAGGCGUUAGAGAACUCAAGCAGCGAGUCCUCAGACGCAGAGCUGGCAGAGAAGGAGCGCAGCGCGGAGCACCGCAGCGAUGACGGCAGCGCCGACGACCCGAAGAAGAAGAAGCAGCGGCGGCAGCGGACUCACUUCACCAGCCAGCAGCUGCAGGAGCUGGAGGCCACCUUCCAGAGGAACCGCUACCCGGACAUGAGCACCAGGGAGGAGAUCGCCGUCUGGACCAACCUGACGGAGGCCAGAGUUCGGGUGUGGUUCAAAAACCGCCGGGCCAAGUGGAGGAAGCGGGAGCGGAACCAGCAGAUGGACCUGUGUAAGAACAGCUACCUGCCGCAGUUCAGCGGCCUCAUGCAGCCCUACGAAGACAUGUACCCGACCUACACCUACAACAACUGGACCAACAAGGGCCUGGCCCCGGCGCCGCUCUCCACCAAGAACUUCACCUUCUUCAACUCCAUGAGUCCGCUCACCUCGCAGUCCAUGUUCUCCGCCCCGAACUCCAUCUCCUCCAUGAGUAUGGCGUCCGGUAUGGGCCACUCCGCCGUGCCCGGCAUGCCGGCCCCGGGCCUCAACAACAUCAGCAACCUGAACGGCAUCGGAACCUCCGGCAUCAACUCGGCCAUGUCGUCCUCCGCGUGUCCGUACGGCCCUCCCGGCUCGCCGUACAGCGUUUACCGGGACACGUGUAACUCCAGCCUGGCCACCCUAAGACUCAAGUCCAAACAGCACCCCACGUUCGGAUACAGCGGCCUGCAGAGCCCCGGCUCCAGCCUCAACGCCUGCCAGUACAACAGCUGACGGGCCGCGGGGCCCCGAACCGACCCGCAGGAUCCGCAUCUCACCCCGAACCAGCAACCGAACCGACCUGGAUCCCUGCGGUCAUUUUUUCCGUAAGAGAAAAAAUGGAUUAUGCGGGUUACAAGUUUACCACGAAACAUCUGGAGCUUUUCUAGACAAUGAAGACGUGUUACAUUACUGCACUGUACAUAUUUAACUGGACAUAAAACCACACUGGGAUUCUGGUUCCGGUACUGGUUGGGCUGCUUGGUGGCUCCAUUUCGCUUCUCCUUACUUCCAUUUCGUAGCGACGCACUUAAACUAUUCAAAAUCAAAAAAUCAUAAAAAUACUCUAAUUAUUUCAUUUGAUAUUUUUCUGAACAUUUUUUUCAUCCGUUUCGUUUCUGAUGAGCAGAAACUGAUCCGCAGGUGGUUCCAUUUCGUACCUAAAAAAACAACAACUAAUGGCGCCCAAAUCAUCGAGACUAAUAAAAAAAAUAAAACUAAUUAAUUACGAAACCGCGAAAUGACCGGCAUCCUUUGCGGCUCAAUUUCGUAAGCAAAAUACCCAUAAUUCAUUUCGGAAUGACAGGUACGAAAUGGAGCCACAAGUUUUGCUCUUUGUUCGUUUUUGUGCCGAGAUUUUCAGUCAAGAAAACAAAUAAAAUGACAGAAAAUGACCGGAAGAGGGAUUAUUAAUAAUGAUUAAAAAACAUAAAUAAUUAAUGUUAAGAAACUGAAACCAGAAAGGUGAAAAAAGAAGAACUCUUGACUUUAUUGUACAUAUUUUAUAAACGCUUCUUUGUGCUUUUUGCCACCGACUGCUUCUCAUUUUUAUUUGCUCAAAUGAACGAAAAAAAAACUCAACAAUGUUUAACUUGCCGUGAUUUAAUGUAAAACUGUUUAACCUGAACUGUUUAUAAAUGAUCCAAAGUUCUCGUGUUUAAUGUAACAUGUGUGUCUGAAUAAAUCCACAGAAAACUAAAAAGGUUCAUUUAAAUAU